AUGAUCUCUACACUGUCUCGCCAGCUGCUCAGAUCCACCCCAAGAUUGUUUCUGAGACACCAAUCGAACGUGCUGAACCCUAAGUCGGUCGUUUCCACGCACUCUGCGGGCCCUGUGGUGCUGAAAUUCACCGAUCAGCACGAGUGGUUAUCGCACCACCCAGACGGCACCACUUUCGUGGGCAUCACCAAGUACGCCUCUGACGCAUUGGGCGACACCACAUACAUUGAGCUACCACACGAUUCCGUGGGGGAAACCGUUUCCAAAGGCGAUGUGAUCGGCUCCGUGGAAAGUGUCAAGUCUGCCUCUGAAGUCUACUCUCCCGUGGACGGCGAGAUUGUGGAGGUGAACACUGCGCUCGAGGAAAGCCCGGAGCUGGUCAACAAGGACCCGAUGGGAGACGGCUGGAUUGUCAAGAUGAAGGUCAGCGAGCUGGACGGCGACCUGCUUUCUGAGGAGGACUACGUCAAGUUAUUGCAAGAGGAGUAG